UCUCUCUCUCUCUCUCUCUCUCUCUCUCUCUCUCUCUCUUUUAGAUUCCUCUCUAUCCUUUUCAUUAUAACACCAACACCAACUACAUAAACAAAAACUAUUUUUCUUCUCUCUAAGCAAAGAAUAUAAUUUAGAGGACUCCAUUUUUCACAAGAUUAAUGGGGAGGCUUACGCAAUGUUGGUCAAGUCUGCUAGUGUUGGCAGUGGUGGUGAUCGGAACCGGAGCUGUUCCCAUUACUUAUCUUCAAAGCGCCGUCGCUAAAGGAGCUGUGUGUUUGGAUGGGAGUGCACCAGCUUACCAUUUCGACAAAGGGUUUGGUUCAGGGGUUAACAACUGGAUCGUCCAUAUGGAGGGAGGAGGAUGGUGUACCGAUGUUGCCUCAUGUCUUGCGCGUAAGAAUACAAUGAAGGGUUCGUCCAAAUUUAUGAACAAAGACUUUGGUUUCUCUGGUAUCUUGGGUGGCAAGCAAAGCACUAACCCAGAUUUUUACAACUGGAAUAGAAUAAAAGUACGAUAUUGCGAUGGAUCAUCCUUCACCGGCAAUGUAGCAGCCGUUAAUCCGUCGAACAAGCUCUUCUUCCGUGGUGCACGAGUUUGGCGUGCAGUGGUUGAUGAUCUUAUGGCUAAAGGAAUGAAAAACGCUCAAAACGCGAUACUCUCCGGUUGUUCAGCCGGAGCAUUAGCCGCGAUUCUACACUGUGACACUUUCCGUGCAAUACUUCCCCGAACAGCUAGAGUUAAAUGUGUUUCCGACGCCGGUUACUUCAUCCACGGUAAAGAUAUCUCAGGAGGAUCAUACAUCCAAUCGUAUUACAGCAAAGUCGUCGCGCUCCACGGAUCUGCAAAGAGUCUUCCUCUUUCUUGCACAUCAAAAAUGAAACCCGAACUCUGUUUCUUCCCGCAAUAUGUUGUUCCUUCCAUGCGAACACCACUCUUUGUCAUUAACGCCGCCUUCGAUUCCUGGCAGAUCAAGAACGUUUUGGCUCCAACAGCAGUUGAUAAGAGUAAAGAAUGGAAGAACUGUAAGCUUGAUCUUAAGAAAUGUAGUGCCGCUCAGCUCAGAACUGUCCAAGGGUUUAGAGAUCAGAUGAUGCGUGCAUUGUCACCGGUUCACAGUACACCGUCGAGAGGGUUGUUCUUGGACUCGUGUCACGCUCAUUGUCAAGGCGGAAGCGCCGCUUCUUGGUCCGGUGUUAAAGGUCCCCAAGUCGCUAACACGAGAAUUGCAACAGCAGUCGGAAACUGGUUUUAUGGUCGGAGUGCAUUCCAGAAGAUAGACUGUCCAUCGCCGACUUGUAAUCCGACAUGUCCUGCAAUCUCUACUGAAGACUAGAAGAACACCCUAAAAUGUUACAAUUUUAAAACUUUCAAUUAAGAUCGAAUUCUCGAAUAUUGAGUUUUGUUUUCCAAAUCGUUGCAAUUUGUUUUGAGGAAUAAGGAGAGUCAAGAGAUAUAACAAUUGCAAUUGCAACUUGUAACAAAAUUUGAAUAAAGAGUAUAUUUUUACUC